AUGGAUAAGAAUCAAGAAACAAGUUCCUACACAGGAGGCUCAACUAAGGGAACUUCCAUCAAAUUUUGUAUGAUUGUCAUGGUAUCUGGUUUACUCUUCCUCAGUGUUUUGAUCCUAUCUGCCAUUUGGUUGGCAAGUUUUUCUCCAACAGUUGUCAGUUUAUCAUCAACAGUGAGAGACGAAGAGUUUUCAACCAUUGUCAAAUAUGCAGAGCAAACACUCAAAGAAGUUAAUGUAUUGAAUGAGGCCAUUAAACAACAAUUGGCAACUGAUGAUUAUUCGUAUGGAAAUUUCGAUUAUUUGGAGAGGAUUAUGUUUGCAGGCUACAAGUCAUCUCAAAAACAUUUGAAGGGAAUUACAAUUUCCUCAUAUGUGGGAGGUACAGAUAAAACAUGCUUUGGAUCAAUUGAGUGGGGAGAUUAUUUGGCCACUUUUAAUAUCACAUCAACAGCUCAAUUAAUCUAUUAUUGCGACAACAUUACCAAUCACGAACAGUGUGUUAGAAAUUCUAAUCCAGACGAAACCAACAAGCCAUUCGAUGUGAGCUAUCUCGUUGAGGUCUGUGAUGCUAAUCCAGGUCAACAAGUUUUUACAUUGAGUUAUGCUGACAUUUCAAUGCCUCAAUACACAUUCAUCACUUCCAUGAAUUGUGUCGUAAAUAAGAAACUUCCUCUUCCUAACGGACACAAUUUUCACUAUUAUCAAGCAAAUGAUUUGACAGUGUCAUCGAUUUCAGACUUUUUGAAAGAAAGAAUUGCAUCCAUUACUGGAUCUUUAGGAUUUAUUGUGGAAACUGAAACUGCUUAUUUGAUUGCAGUUGACAGAGAGGAAGUUACAAUUUCAGAUUGGAAAUCAGAUGGAUCAUUAGAUAGAAAAACACCAACCGAUGUUUCAGAUACCAAAAUCAACGCAAUUUCUCAAGCUAUUCUUGAUCAUUAUUCGAAUGAUUGGACUAAAAUAACUUGCAAUGAAAUGCAAGUUCUCGAACGUAGUGGACAAUACAUUUCCAUAUAUAGAUUGUGUACUAGCUCAAAAAUUGAUUGGAUAUUAGUGUUGAGUGUCCCUCAAUGGAAUUAUUUAGGAUCGACAAUUUUUGCAAUUAUCUGCUCAUUGAUUGGUAGUGUUCUCAUCAUUUCGGUUGGUUUAGUCUUGGGAGUUGUUGUUUCCUUAAAAGUUGUCAAGCCGUUUUAUAAUUUGAUAGAGUUAUUCGAAAGUGUUGCUAAUAUGGAUUUGGAUCAACUUCACAUUAUUCCAAGUUCAUUCUCAGAAGUGAAACAAUUACAAGGACAUUUCAUUUCCAUGGUCAACCGAAUCAAACUUUACAAGAGUUUUAUUCCAGCUCACUUACUUUCAGAAAUUGAAAAUGUAGAUGGUAUCCAAGAAUCAGACAGUGAAGUAGACGAAUCUUUCCGAAAGAAUUCCAGAACUAAAGUCUACGGAGGAUCUUCGCACAACAUGUCAAGUCAGGAAACUCAAUCAGUGGGAAGUUCUAAUUCCAGUAAAGGAAUUUCUCAUAAAGCAAGAUCCUCAAGGAAAGUAUAUAAGAAUGAUAGAAGCAAGUUUUCCUUGUAUAUGGAACAGAAGAAGGUAACUUUCGUCCAGAUUCAUUUUAAUGGAUUUACUGAAUGGUUGCAAAAUAUGAAUCCAAACGAAACUAUUGAGCUAAUGUCAGAUAUUUUUGAACAGAUUAAUAGUGUGAGUAGAAGUUUGACAGGAAACGUUGGAAACUUUGAAAAUGAAUCAAUCACCAUUUCGUUUAACUCUUCGAAUAAUCAGACGAAUCAUGAAGAAAAAGGAGUUGUCGCUGCCUCAACCUUAUUAAACAGUUUCAAGAAGAAUUCACAAUUAUUGGAUUUAAUGUCAUUUAAAAUUGCAGUUUUAUCACAAUCUUCCUAUUGUGGAAAUAUUGGAACGAACGAAUUGAAAAACUUUACAAUAAUUUCGAGCGCCAAACAAAAUUUGGAUCAAUUGACUCAAAUUGCAAUUCAACUGAAUGUUAGUAUUGUAGUAAGUGAGAAGAUUAAGGAAAAAUGUGAACAAUUGUUCCAAAUCAGAUAUGUAGAUUCCAAAGAAUUACUAGACGAAACUAAUUUAAACUCGCUCAAUGGAAAAACUGACGAAUACAAGACUCCAAAUACUGGCGUGCUAACAAAUAUCUAUGAAUUGGGAUCUUCUUUGAAAGUGAACGACGAUGAGUGGAUGUACGAACUCCAAGAAAAGAACAAACAAUCUCAAUGGCAUGAUUAUCUACAAGCAUCCAGAUUAUUCCUACAACAAGAUUACAAACAAGCUUAUUCGAUUCUUCAAACUUUCUAUCAACAAAAUCCACAUGAUGGACCUACACUUCAUUUACUAAGACAAUGUGAAAGCAAAAUGUAA